AUGAAGAAGGCAACAGCAACAUCAGAAGAAAACGAAUUCGGAAGUUCUUCCAACAGUUAUCAAAGUAGAUCCAAAAACAAAGGAAAGCAGCCACUAACUGAUACUACAAAUGGAACCAAUAUGAAUAGUCAAGAAUUGGAAAAAAUCCAAAUGCAGCAGCAUGCAAAUUGCAACAGCCAGAGCCAAAAUACAACUUAUUGCAAUGAAAAUAUAACUCCACUCACUUCAAGCACAUUUGCUUCUUCUUCAAAGGUUGUAUCAGGCUAUGAAGACUAUGGUGAUGCAACUUGGUUGUGUGAACACUGUAAUGCUUUGAUGUGGUACAAUGAGCGCAUUAACAAAAGAAGAAAUUGUAUACCUCCGAAGUUUUCAAUGUGUUGUAUGCAUGGAAAAAUCGAAUUGCCUCCCCCUCCAGUGUUGCCUCAAGUACUUUUGGAUCUUCUAUUCAGAGGAGACAGUGAAAGCAUUAAUUUCAUAGAGAACAUAAGGGCAUAUAAUUCAAUGUUUGCUUUUACCUCUAUGGGUGGAGAAAUUGAUGCUUCUGUGAACAAUGGACGUGGACCUUUUGUCUUUAGGCUUCAUGGUCAAAACUUUCAUCAAAUUGGAAGCUUGCUGCCUGAAGAAGGACUCCCUCCUGCUUUUACACAAUUGUAUAUAUUUGAUACUGAAAAUGAAGUAAGAAACAGAAUAUCAGCUUUCAGCUCCAAAAGAAGAGCACCAAAUUCUCAGCCUAGAACCCUACGUGAUGAUACUGUGGAAGCUAUUAAAUCUAUGUUGGAUGAAUGUAAACCAUACGCAAAGAUACUCAGAACCGCAAGGGAUCGAUUUGGUGAUGCAUUACAGUCAUUGGAUGUGAAGAUAAUUUUGAUUUCUGGACGUGGGACAAAUGAGAAAACCUAUAAUCUUCCUACAACUUCAGAAGUUGCUGCAUUAUUUGUGGGAGAUUUUGAUGAAGAAAUAGAUGCUCGAGAUAUUAUUGUGGAAACAAAGGGAAAUAAAUUGACCAGGAUAAGUGAGCUUCACCCUGCAUAUCUACCUCUACAGUAUCCAUUGUUAUUUCCAUUUGGUGAAGAUGGUUAUCAUAUUGAUCUACAUCUCAAGAGGACGACAACAACAUCAAAAAAGCCACGGUCUAAAGUUAGCAUGAGGGAGUUUUUUGCAUACAGAAUUUUUGAGCGCUAUAACCAAUUCAGUGCUCUUAUGUUCUCCGGGAAACUCUUUCAGCAAUUUCUGGUUGAUGGUUUUACAAUGAUAGAAGCAGAAAGAAUUAGAUAUCUCAAGUUAAACCAAAAGGCCUUACGUGCAGAUAAAUACAGCAAUGUUUCAGCUUAUGCAUCAAGUGGAAACCAAGAUUCUACAAAGUGUGGAAAGAGAAUCGUCUUACCUUCAACAUAUGUGGGUGGUGCACGUUACAUGCGAGAAAAGUACAUGGAUGCAAUGGCUGUUUGUCAAACUUUUGGAUAUCCAGAAUUAUUCAUUACAUUCACUUGCAAUCCUAAAUGGCCGGAUAUUACAAGACAUCUACAGCAACGACGACUAAAAUCUGAAGACAGAGCUGACAUUUUGUCUCGUGUCUUCAAAAUGAAUUUGGAUAGUCUCAUAUUUGAAAUACAUAACAAAAACCUGUUUGGUUCAUCAAGAGGAAGUAAGUUAUCAACUACUAUUGGACAAAAAAGUAGUUUUUGA